AACACAGCAGAGGAUUUUGGAUCCAAGUUUUAGAUUCUAAAAUAAAAGAAAUGAACGCGGAAACGGAUAUUCUAGGCGUGUCCCUAUCCUACAGCGAGCUGCAGGCUAUAGACCAGGAAGAUAUCAUCCUGCUUAUCGACGUGGACUCGGCUGUAAAUAUCUGCAAGGAGUCUCUAGAAAACGAAUCCGCAAAUACUGUGGAUGUCUUGACAUUAUGGUUCAGUAAACUCUUAAGAGCUUAUAUUGAUGAAUCUGUGUGCUGUAUACGAGCGGUAAAGGAGAUGUGCCAGUGGUUUCAAAUGGAAUCAGACAGCGGUACCAAAAUUCACAGCGCUCAUAUAAAACUCUUCGAAGAGGCUCUUUCCUUUAUCACCUUAUCCAGGGAUCAUUUGUUGAAGGCGGGAGAACGCCUGGUUCAUAUUUUUACGUAUCUUAUGUUAUCAAUGAUAGCCUUUUUCUUGGGAGGCAGCGACAGGAGUGACCAUCAGCUUCUUGUAGAUCUUCAGUAUGCUGUGCUUUCUUUGCUAAAACAAAAUACCACAGGAUCGAGUGAAGUCCACCCCCGUCUUACUCCCUUGAUGCAAAAGAUAAUGGAAAUAGCCGAUUUUGAAAGAAAACAAUUUAAGGAUUUGGAGUUACCUGUAAGGACAAGCGAGACGAUUACUUACAUGUGCUUGCAUUACAUGUCACACGUUAAUCUCAAGGAUGAACAAAUACCCGAAUGGCUAAAGGAAACGGUUUCGCAUCUAUGCGAAAUGAUCCUCAGUUACUUGGAGGGUCUUUAUGAAAAUGGCACUCUUACUGUUCCCGCGCAAAAAUUAAAAGAGUUCAUGGAAGUUAUGCGGACCUAUUUUUUAAUGCUGCUGCAGAUAUUCAAUAAUGAUAUAACCCAAAUUGACGAUGAUAUGGCUGCUUGUCUCAUGGACGUAAUAAUGUCUGAACAAACGACGCCCUCAUAUUAUUCUGACGAGGAUAUUCAACGGCUUAUUUCUAUGUAUGUUAGACCACAUGUGAUGGAACUUUUUGACUUGGUUUACUCUUUCCAAAAAUGUCAAGAGUAUUUAAUAUCCGGUAUUCUGUGUACACCAGAAUGGGAUUACUUUGAUGUUUGCUUAGAUUUUGUAUCUACCGUAUCUACAAACGACGCAGAUGUCCUUCCAAGUACUUGUCGAACAUUAAACCAAAUCUUUGAAUACUUGUUUAAAGAUGCCACCAACUUUGUCAAUGCUGAACGCUAUGAACGAGUAAUGAAUGCCUUUGGUAGUCUCUUGUAUUUGGUGCCCAACAGAGAACUGCAUAGUUAUUUCUGUGCUGGCAUAUUUCAAAAGGACAUUAUUACGUCGCAAGUGUGUGCGGAUAUGCUAAUGCUAUGUUUUCGCCUAAAAGAGGUUAAUAAGUGUUGGACAGACAAGGACAUAGAACUAGCUGUAGCUUUCUGGAGUAAGUGCAAUAAUUCUUAUGCCUUGUUCUCACAAAAUCCCAGCCAAUGGCAUGUGCAGAGAUUCCUCAGAUAUUUUCAUUACUUGGGAAAGCGAGGGCUUCCUGCCCUGAGCAUUCGAAACUUUCGACACCUAUCUGCAGUUGCAAAACCAGAUGCCCAAGUAGGAAUGAAGCUAUUGAAUCGCUUAGAACACAUCUCAUCUUCAGCGCCCACACAGGUUGAGGUCUAUUAUGAAAUGGCUGCUCUUCUAGAACUGUUGGUGCAGCAGAGUCAAACAGACUGUUCCCAGUGGUUUCAGAGGACAUCAGAAAUGGCCAAGGAAGUUAUGAGCAUUGACAAUAGUUCGACCUUCACUAGUGCCUAUUUCAAGCUGCUUUCUCGUGGGAACAAAACAACGCAACUACUGAUAUUACGGGGAUUGAACGCUACUAAUGGAUGCACCAACUGGCAUCGACAAAAAUUCCUAGACUCUUGCAAAGCCAGCGAUGAUGCCCAACUAAGAGUAUUCAGUGCCCGCCAUGUCGUAGGUGUUGAUGUUCAACCAUUUUUAGAGGCUUUGCGACUGAAACCAGGAACUUUGGAUGAAUCGCUAGAUAGUUCACUUGAUGUCGCUAAAUUAAGCUACACGCGGCACUCGGAACACCAUUGCCCAAGCUCUAGCUUCAAACGUAAGCGGAGUGAAAUUCCGCCCAAGGAAAUCCUACGUGAAAUCUACGAGGGCUCACUUCAACUGGGUCACUGUAGCGAGGCCUUUGAUGAGACCGACCGGGAUCUGUUAAGAAAAGUGAUGGCCAAUUUGAGUAGGAUCGAUCCAAGAAUCUAAACAUUCCACACAAUUUCAA